UCAGAGAGGAAACGAAGAAGAAGAAGAAGAAGAAGCCACACUUUUAGCGGAUCAGUUGUUUGCAGGUGACAUCUGCAGAAGAAGAGAAGAUCACUGCGAACCACUGACUGUUAAACUGAAAUAAGGCUGUGAACCAUGUCUGGGCUGUCGGGGAAAGUCCAGUCUGUCCUGGGCCUGCUGGAUCCGGACCAGCUGGGCCGCACCAUGACCCACGAGCACCUGACCAUGACCUUCGGGUGCUGCUACUUCCCUCCUCCCCCGGGCGACGAGGCGGUGGCGGAGAACCCGUUCCAGAUGCAGCACAUGCACUGGCUGAGGCAGAACCCCUACAGCUGCCACGAGAACCUGCUCCUGAUGCAGGAGACCGGCGCCGUGCGGGACGAGCUGCUGGCGUACAGGAAGGCCGGCGGGGGCACCAUAGUGGAGAACACCACCACUGGCAUCGACCGGGACCUGCCCAUCCUCCGGCAGCUGGCCAAAGACACCGGGGUGCACGUCAUUGCGGGAGCGGGGUACUACGUUGACUGCACCCACUCUGAGACCACGAGGAAGAUGAGCGUGGAGAAGCUCACGGACGUCAUCGUCGGGGAGGUGCUUCACGGCGCCGACGGGACGGACAUCCGCUGUGGAGUGAUCGGAGAGAUCGGCACCGGCUGGCCAAUCACCGAGAGCGAGAAGAAGGUGCUGAUGGCCACGGCUCACGCUCAGGCUCAGCUCGGGUGCCCGGUCAUCAUUCAUCCCGGCAGAAAUCCCGCCGCCCCGGCCGAAGUCGUCCGGAUUCUGCAGGAGGCCGGCGGUGACAUCGGCAAAACUGUCAUGUCUCACCUGGACAGGACUAUAUUUGAUGAGGCUGAACUGCUGGAGUUCGCCAAACUGGGGAGUUACCUGGAGUACGACCUGUUUGGAACGGAGAUGCUGAACUACCCUUACGACCUGGAGCUGGACAUGCCCAGCGACAGUCAGAGGGUGAAGACCUUGGCGUUCCUGGCGAAGGAGGGCCACGAGGACAAGAUCCUGGUCGCCCACGACAUCCACACCAAGAACCGCCUGACCAAGUACGGCGGCCACGGCUACUCUCACAUCCUGAACAGCAUUGUGCCGAAGAUGCUGAGGAGGGGCAUCUCGCAGCAGCAGGUGGACAAGAUUCUCAUCGGCAACCCCAAACGCUGGCUGACCUUCAAAUGAAGCCCAAAUCCAAAGAAGAGACGCGAGACAGGAGUUUUCAUGUAGCGAUUAUUUUAUCUCCCGCUGAUGGCCGAACACCCCAGAAUGCAUAUUUGCAACAUAACUCUGCAAUAGUCACAGUUUCAAAGUGAUUCCUAAAUGUGACUUUGAGCCCAAACCAAUAAAUUCACGGUUCACUUGUCUUUAA